UAUGCUAAGGAGAGCCAGGCCAUGGAGAAAGAAAGAAAGAUACCAACCUCAACAGGGUCACCAACAACAGCUUCGCCCUCAUCGCCAUUGUCAAAAAAACCAAUUGCAGAGAAAAAAAAAUGGUAGGAUUGAGUCUUGUGAAGCUCCGGCUAUGGCCGAUUGCUGGAGAAAUGGUCUCCCUUGGUCGCUCACUCACUGCUACUCGUCUCUAUUCCUUCUCUUCUUCUUCUUCUGAUUCAGAGGAUGUUGCCGUGUCAGUCGAUCAUCAACUCCCGACGCUGGAGCCCUCGACCGACGCCGAUUCAGUAGCUAAGCUCCUCCUCCACCAUCACAACCCGUUUCACGCCAUGGAAUCUUCUCUCCAACUCUAUGGAAUAUCUCUUUCUCCAGACCUUCUCAACCAAACACUCCUCCGUCUCAAGCACAGUUCCAAAGUUGCUAUCGCCUUCUUCCACUACGCCAAACAACUCCCAAACCCUUCUCCUCUCAGCACCGCCUCUUACAAUCUCCUCGUCGACAUCGUCGCCAAAGUUCGGCAAUACGACGUCGCCUGGCAGCUCAUUGUUGAGAUGGAGAAUUACGAUCUUACCCCUACUUCUACUACCUUCCUCAUCCUCAUCCGACGGUUGAUAUCCUCCGGCCUCACACGCCAAGCGAUCAGGGCCUUCGACGACAUCGAGACCUUCGUCGGUACCAGAACGACGUCGGAGGAUUUCCACUUCUUGCUCGAUACCCUAUGCAAGUACGGAUACGUGAGGGUCGCGGUUGAGGUUUUUAACAGAAGGAGAAAUGGGUUGUGUCCCGAUGUGAAGAUGUUCACUGUUUUGAUUUACGGGUGGUGCAAGAUUGGUCGAAUUGACAUGGCCGAGAGGUUCAUGAAGGACAUGGUGGAGAGAGGGAUCGAGCCCAAUGUAGUCACGUACAAUGUGUUGUUGAAUGGGGUUUGCAGGCAUGCGAGUUUGCACCCGGAGGAGAGGUUUGAGAGGACUAUAAGGAACGCAGAGAAGGUGUUCGACGAAAUGCGGAAGAGAGGGAUCGAGCCCGACGUGACGAGUUUUUCUAUUGUUCUUCAUGUCUAUAGCCGGGCUCAUAAGCCGCAGCUUUCGCUUGACAAGUUAGAGGAAAUGAGAGAGAAGGGUAUCUCUCCGAAUGUGGCGACGUACACUUCAGUGGUGAAGUGCCUGUGUUCUUGUGGGAGGCUUGAAGAUGCAGAGGAGUUGCUCGACGAGAUGAUCAGAGGCGGAAUCAGUCCGUCGGCGGUGACUUAUAACUGUUUCUUCAAAGAGUUUAGAGGAAGAAAAGAUGUGGAAAGUGCUAUGAAACUGUAUAGGAAGAUGAAGGAGAAGAGUCUGUGCAUGCCUAGUCUGCAUACGUACAACAUUUUGGUUGCCAUGUUUUUGGACCUGAAUAGUUGGGUGAGUGUUAAAGAGAUUUGGAAUGACAUGAAGGAGAGUGGAACUGGGCCAGACUUAGAUUCCCAUACGACAUUGAUUCAUGGGUUGUGCCAGAAGCAAAAAUGGAGGGAGGCUUGCCAGUUUUUUGUGGAGAUGAUAGAGAAGGGUUUUCUGCCUCAGAAAGUCACUUUCGAGACCUUGUACAAGGGAUUAAUACAGUCUGAUAUGUUGAGAACUUGGAGGAGAUUGAAGAAGAGACUUGAUCAAGAGUCUAUUACGUUUGGUUCUGAGUUUCAUACUUAUCACCUUAAGCCUUAUAAGAGAUGAUCAUGUGCCCAUAAUAAUAAUAAUAAGCAAUUAUAAACUAACAUAUGAUGCUGAACACUACUUGAGUUGUCAACUCAAAUUACAAGUUACUGAACUUUGAUCACUCAUAAGAUGUUAAUUCAAGUAGUGAUGAGCACCCAUACCAGUUUCGUCCAUGGCUGCCUGCUAUGAUGUGCAUAAUCUCUUUUCUUAGCUGUGGUUAUCUCUGUUUUGGCCUUGAUGAUUAACUGUUAUAUGGGUCUGUUUUUUGUGUUACAAUUUAUACUUGUUUCUGUUAUAAAGAAAUAUCAGUCUGGUUGUUUUCAAUAUAUUGUUUUGGGUUAUCUUUCAGGAGAGUUUUGGUUGUGUUGGACUUUGUCAAAGAAAAUUUGUUAGAGUUAUAUUUCCCAUUUGAUCUGUGACAUUCCAUAUUCCAAUUUCUUCUAUGUUGACCAACCCUCUUUGACCCAUUUUCUCUGUAUUUUGGUUUUGUAUAGGCACUAAGUUCAAAAUGAGAUUUGUUGAAGCUUAUA